AACGGAGAUGUUGCAGUUGACCAAUACCACAGAUAUAAGGAAGAUGUGGGUAUAAUGAGUGACAUUGGUUUUGAUGCUUAUAGAUUUUCAAUCUCAUGGCCCCGAAUACUACCUCAUGGAAAAUUAAGGGGAGGUGUCAACCCUAUGGGAAUAGGAUAUUACAAUAACCUCAUCAAUGAGCUUCUAGCUAAUGGAAUUCAACCCUACGUGACUUUAUUUCACUGGGAACUUCCCCAAACUUUAGAAGAUGAGUAUGGUGGCUUCUUGAGUGCUCGCGCCAUGUAA